UCACGGUAAACUUUUCCGUACACCUUUGGCGUGUGUCUGUACAUAAUUGUGACGGACUAGAUUCCACCGCUCUUAUUUCAGAAAUCGAUCCACUCUAUUGGACUAAAAAUGAAAAGUCUUGUUUGCAGUAAAAUUUCUCUUACAGGAACUACUCAGCUUUUGGCGUUGCCGGCUUUUUAACGUUCGUAAGUGUUGUCAACUAGCGAGAAAAACAUUACCAACAUUAACAGGUGUUUUAUCUGUGCUAUCAUCUAGCUGAUGUGGUAACUUUGAGCCGGAAACAUAUUUCAGCUGAACAAAUGAAUAAUUUAAUGCGGUUAAUAUUUCUAAGCGUUUUAGCAGUUGGCUUAGCGGAAGAAGCGUGUUAUUCAUACGGAGGUGGACAUGUUUAUCCUCAAGAAACUACAAGAUCAUCUGUUGGACAAAAUUUAGUUACAAGUAAAGCACAGAUUUCAAAGCCGGCACCAGAAUGGGAAAGCACGGCUGUUGUGAAAGGCGAGUUUAAGGAACUAAAGUUAAAGGAUUUCAAAGGAAAAUAUCUUGUAUUUUUCUUUUACCCUCUUGAUUUCACUUUCGUCUGUCCAACGGAGAUUAUUGCUUUCAGUGACCGCAUCAAAGAGUUUCAUGCUAUUAAUACAGAAGUUGUUGCUUGUUCUGUAGAUUCUCCAUUUACUCAUUUAGCAUGGAUAAGUACUCCACGAAAAUUAGGCGGCUUAGGACCAAUUAACAUUCCAUUGUUAUCUGAUCUCACACAUCAGAUUUCAAAAGAUUAUGGUGUAUAUCUAGAAGAUUUGGGACAUACUUUGAGAGGUUUAUUUAUUGUGGAUGAUAAAGGUGUAUUAAGACAAAUUACAAUGAAUGAUUUGCCUGUUGGGAGAUCUGUGGAUGAAACCUUAAGAUUAGUUCAGGCAUUCCAGUACACAGACAAGCAUGGAGAAGUCUGUCCUGCAGGAUGGAAACCAGGUGGAGAUACUAUUAUUCCUAAUCCAGAAGAUAAGCUGAAGUACUUCAGUAAAUUCAAUCAGUGAAUCUUGAAAUUUAUCUGAGUAUCCAUUCAUUAUGAAUGCUAUUGAACUAAAUUUAUGCAUUUAUUUUUGAUAUCCUUAAAUAAGUGUGCAUUUUCUUAAAAUAAAAAUUUAUUAAAAGUUC